CCCGCAAAUCAAUGGCGCUUUCCAAACCCUCAUUUCUCAAUCAGCUCGUCAGAGCCCUAACGGCUCCCCGCCGUCCCGCUCCGCCGCAGGCCUAUCUCCCUCUCCGCCACUUCUCCUUCGCCACCCCGGAGGAAGCCGCCGCCGAGCGUCGCAAGCGCAAGCGCCGCCUCCGCAUCGAGCCGCCGCUCUCCGCCCUCCGCCACCAGCAGCCCCGCUCCGCCCCGGCGCCGCAGAACCCCAACGCUCCGAAGCUCCCCGAGCCCGUAUCCGCGCUCUCCGGCAGCCGCCUCAACCUCCACAACAAGAUCCUCACGCUCAUACGCGAGAACGAUCUCGAGGAGGCCGCGCUCUUCACGCGCCACUCCGUCUACUCCAAUUGCCGUCCCACCAUCUACACCUGCAAUGCGGUGAUGGCUGCGCAGCUUCGCCAGGGGAAAUUGUCCGAGCUCCUCACGCUCCACCGCUUCAUCACGCAAGCCGGCAUAGCCGCUAAUGUCGUCACGUACAAUAUCCUCCUUACUCUUUAUCUCGAUAGUCGGAAAAUCGAUUUAGCUCUAGAGCAAUACAAGCAGCUGAUUAAUGAUGCUCCGUUCAAUCCAUCGCCCACAACUUAUCGCAUUUUGGUUAAGGGGUUAGUAGAUAACCAGCAACUCGAAAAGGCAAUUGAGAUUAAGAACGAAAUGGAGACGAAGGGGUUUAAGCCGGAUCCUACUAUCUAUUCCUAUUUGAUGGCAGGUCAAGCAAACAAUUUGAAUGCAGAUGGGGUUUUGGAGUUGUAUGAGGAAUUGAAGCAAAAAUUGGGGACAGAUGAGAUCUUGGAUGGGGUGAUAUACGGGAAUUUGAUGAAAGGCUACUUUUUGAAGGGGAUGGAAGCAGAGGCCAUGGAGGUGUAUAGCAAGGUGGUUGUUGAAAAUUCAACCGUUAAGAUGAAUGCUGUCUCGUUCAAUUUUGUUUUGGAGGCUUUGAGCAAGAAUGGGAAGUUUGACGUGGCAUUACAGUUGUUCGAGAGGAUGAAGAAUGAGCAUGACCCUCCGAGGAAGUUGAGUGUGGAUUUGGGUAGCUAUAAUGUUAUAGUUGAUGGUUAUUGUGCAGAGAAGAGAUUUGAUGAGGCCAUUGAGGUUUUCAAUAGCAUGGGAGAGAAAAGAUGCAAUCCUGAUGCAUUGUCGUAUAAUGUGCUGAUUGAUCAGUUGUGUAGUAACGACAAACUGGCUGAUGCGGAGGAGCUGUACAAUAGGAUGCCAGAUACGAAUGUGAAUCCGGAUGAAUAUACCUUUGUUACGCUUAUGGAUACUUGCUUGAAGGAGAAUAGGUUAGGUGAUGCAGCUAAAUACUUUGGGAAAAUGGUUGAGUCAAAACGUAGACCGAACUUGGCAGUUUAUAACAGGCUUGUUGAGGAGCUGGUUAAGGCUGGCGAGGUUGAUGAGGCGAAGUUUUUCUUUGACUUGAUGGUGCCAAAGCUGAGGAUGAAUGAUGAUGCAUACAAGUUCAUCAUGAAUGCGCUAGCUGGGGUUGGGAAGCAUGAUGAAGUGGUGAAGAUUGUUGAUGGAAUGUUGAGGGAGGAUCCCGGGGAUUUCACCGAGGAGUUGGAAGAGUUUGUUAGGGAAUUGUUGAGGAAGGAAGGGAUGGAGGAUGAGGUGACAAAUCUUAAAUUGCAGUUGGAGAAGGAGAAAGCUGAGGCUGCUGCUAAAGCUGCUGAAGAAGCUGCGAAAGCUAAGGCCAGUACUAGCCUUGCUAUGGCUGAUUUGUUGUCUUCUAAGUCGUUUGGAAAGAAGCCGGAUGUGGAAGAACUGUCAGGUGAAGGCGAAGAGCAGGAAUCUGUUCCCAUGGCCGCUGAAGUGGAGAAUGUAGUGGGGAAUGCUGCCACUGAAUCAGCAGAAAAUGAAGGAAACAGUGUAAAUGAGAAAGCAACUGCUUGACCUGGAGCUAUACUAGAUAGCAAAUAAUUGUUUUAUUUCUCAAUUGAAGCUUUUUAGCAUCACUCGAAUAUGUGCCUGCACCUCAAUCUCUCUAUGUCAUUGAAAUUGAGAUGCAAAGAUGAUUAUUCACAAUGUAUUAGAGCCAUCAUAUGGUUGGUGAUGAGGAGUCAUUUUGAUGUAAUUUGGGUUCCAUUUAAUAUUAAUGUGCUUUUCAGUUUUAA